UGUGGCUUGGCACUUGGGCACCUCUGCCCAGCACCCCUGGGCAUCGCUAUCCUGGGCUCUGGCCUUUCCCCGCUUCUCACGGGCAGAUUGGGGAGGGGACGCGCACAAGGAAACAGCUCCUUCAGCUCCUUCGCCCUAGAAAUACGGCUCUUUCCUGGGGAUUUCCUGACUGAUGCAAGAAGAGGCAUGAGGAAGGCUGUGGCCUCUAGCCAGAGGAGCUGCUGCUCCUGGAAAGAGACUUUUUCCUAUCUGAGGGAAAAGGGUUGCUUUAAACUUGCUUUCCACCUCUGCAAACUGUGUGGACUUGGCCCUGUGUAUCUGCUGGGUCUCUUGGGUCCAUCAAGAUGUCAUUGUGCAGGAUGGGGAGAUCAAGUGAGGUUGGUGGAGGAAGGUGCUUGUGGUCUCCUGUGUCCGUGGUGGAGGUGUGGAGAAAGCACAGGGCUCUGCAGGAGCUGGAGCUGGCAAAGCGUAGGGACACACCGAGCAGGCGAUGCCGCUGGCCUGGCACCAACGCCCUGGCUGCGAGAUGGCAUGACUGGUGUCUCUGGGCACGGCAAACGGCCAAGGCCACUCCAGGGCCGUGCAGCUCCUACAAGUCUGGUGCCGUGUACUUGUCCUUGUGUCCUCCCUUUGCAGAGCUCAGGGAGCAGCUGAGCAGUUACGCUGGGAGCCUCCUGGCUGCCGGGAGCCCCAGGGUCACGUCCUGCAUCAGUCCUCACUGUCACCUCCGGCCAAGCACCCAGCAAGGAGCUGGUGGCACCACGAUGUCCCAGGCAGAAGCAGGUGAGGAGGCUUUUGAAUACUGCAAUGUUACCAUCAACAGCCAGGAGAAGGUUUUGGAUGUGUACACACAGCUGGAGAAGCUUGGAGAGGGGAAGUUUGGGAUGGUGUACAGGCUGCAGGAAAAGGCCACUGGGAAGAUCCGGGCUGGGAAGUAUUUCCGGACGCGGACGCCCAAAGAGAGGCAGGCGGCUCGGGCAGAGGUGGAGCUCAUGAACCUGCUGCAUCACCCACGUCUCGUGCAGUGUCUUGCUGCCUUCCAGAGCCCCAAGGAGCUGGUGAUGGUGAUGGAGUACGUUGCAGGCGGGGAGCUCUUUGAACGGAUCGUGGAUGAUGACUUUGAGCACACGGAGCCCAGCAGCAUCCAGUACAUGCGGCAGAUCCUGGAGGGGCUCCAGUACAUGCACAGCCAGGCCAUUGUCCACCUGGACCUCAAACCCGAGAAUAUCGUCUGCGUCAGCCCAAACAGCCACUGGCUUAAGAUCAUCGACUUUGGCCUGGCGCGGAAACUGACUCCAGACACCCCUGUGAAGGUGCUGCACGGGACCCCUGAGUUCAUGGCUCCAGAAGUGGUCUCCUUUGAGCCUGUGGGAUUCACCACGGACAUGUGGAGCAUUGGUGUCAUUUGCUAUAUCUUGUUGAGUGGGGAGUCCCCCUUCCAGGGGGACAAUGACAUGGAGACGCUGAGCAACGUCACAGCUGCCAAAUGGGAGUUUGAGGAGGAGACCUUCUCGGAGAUUUCCCAGCAGGCCAAAGACUUCAUCAGCCAGCUGCUGCAGAAGGAUGCCCGGUGCCGGCUCUCCAGCAAAGAGGCUCUGUUGCAUCCCUGGUUGCAGCAGCUGGUGCCCAGCAGCGCGAAGGUGCUGUCGAAGGAGAGGAUUAAGCAGUUCCUGACUCGUCGCAAGUGGCAGAAAACAGGAAGAGCCCUGCUGGCUCUCAACAGACUGACCCUGCACUCCCAAAACUUGGACAGGAAAGCGUCAGACACCCAGGACGAGGAAGCCGCAGACCAGUGCUGCAGCCCAGAGGAGGACCAAGCCUUUGCACUUCCAGCCCAGCAGGGCCCCAGCUUCUCAGAGCCGUUGGCAGACCAAGAGGAGGUGGAAGGUGGGAGCAUCUGUCUCCAGUGCCGCAUUGAGGAUGUCCCUGCUCUGGAGGUCACCUGGCUCCAGGACUGUGCUCCCCUCAAGGACAGUCCCCGCGUCCGCAUCAAGCACGGGGCCGACGGGUGCUGCAGCCUCACCAUCUCGGAGCUCGUGCCAGAGGAUGCGGGGCGGUACGUGUGCAGGGCUGUCACGGCCACGGGAGAGGCAGAGACCAGCGCCAUGGUGGCUGUGCUCCCCCCACCCAGGGCCACCUAGAGCUGGUGCCAGGGGCCAAAGCCUUCUCCAGUCCCAAGAGAGCUCACAGGACGCUGCUGAGAGCAGAGGUGUGGCCUAGGUCCCUCCUCCACCAGGACCCAGCUCACUGUCCCACUGUAGGCCCAGACCCCAGGGCUCACCUCUGGUGGGCUGAGCUCUGCUCACUGCGUUUCACGAGGUCAAUAAAGCACUGAAGACUUCCA